GCGAGUGGCCGGACUCGGAUUUGCGGCGCCGGGGACCGGACCCCGGGACACCCGGCAGAAUGGCAGAGAUGCAGGGACUGAUGCAGAGACUGGAGCGGGUGGUCGGCCGACUGGAGUUGCUGUCUGCAGGGUACCACCGGCCUCCUGGGGACUGCGGGGAGAUUAAUGGUGUCAAUGGAGGUGUGGCACCCUCUGUGGAAGCCUUUGAUAAGCUGAUGAACAGCAUGGUGGCUGAGUUUUUAAAGAAGAGCAGGAUCCUUGCUGGUGAUGUGGAGACUCACGCGGAGAUGGUGCAUAGCGCUUUCCAGGCUCAGCGGGCUUUCCUUCUGAUGGCUUCUCAGUACCAACAACCCCAAGAGAAUGACGUGGCUGUGCUUCUGAAACCAAUAUCAGAAAAGAUUCAGGAAAUCCAGACUUUCCGAGAGAGAAACCGGGGGAGUAAAAUGUUCAAUCACCUCUCGGCCGUCAGCGAAAGCAUCCCUGCCCUCGGCUGGAUAGCUGUGUCCCCCAAACCCGGUCCUUAUGUCAAGGAGAUGAAUGAUGCCGCCACCUUUUACACUAACAGGGUCCUCAAAGACUACAAACACAGCGAUUUACGCCACGUGGAUUGGGUGAAGUCAUAUUUGAGCAUUUGGAGUGAGCUGCAAGCAUACAUCAAGGAACACCACACCACAGGCCUUACUUGGAACAAAACCGGUCCAGUAGCAUCAACUGCAUCAGCAUUGUCUGUCCUCUCCCCGGGGCCUGGCCUUCUUCCACCCCCUCCUCCUCCCCCUCCCCCCGGGCCACCUCCACUCUUUGAGAAUGAAGGCAAAAGAGAGGAGUCCUCCCCUUCACGCUCUGCUCUAUUUGCCCAACUUAACCAAGGAGAAGGAAUUACGAAAGGGCUUCGGCACGUCACAGAUGACCAGAAGACAUACAAGAAUCCCAGCCUACGGACUCAAGGAGGACAAACUCCAUCUCCUACCAAAAGCUACACUCCAGGCCCCAGGGCUCCCCAGUCUCAUCCUCCUCAGAAGCAUACUCCUGUGUUCGAGCUGGAAGGAAAGAAAUGGAGAAUAGAGUACCAAGAGGACAGGAAUGACCUGGUGAUUUCAGAGACGGAACUGAAACAAGUGGCUUACAUUUUCAAAUGCAACAAGUCCACUCUACGGAUGAAAGGAAAAAUCAAUUCCAUUACAAUUGACAACUGUAAGAAGUUUGGCCUCGUGUUUGACAACGUGGUAGGCAUCGUGGAAGUGAUCAAUUCCAAGGAUAUUCAAAUGCAAGUAAUGGGGAAAGUGCCAACAAUUUCCAUUAAUAAGACAGAAGGCUGUCACAUAUACCUCAGUGAAGAUGCGCUGGACUGCGAGAUCGUGAGUGCCAAAUCGUCUGAAAUGAAUGUCCUUGUUCCUCAGGAUGGUGAUUAUAGAGAAUUUCCUGUUCCAGAACAGUUCAAGACAGCCUGGGAUGGAUCCAAGUUGGUCACUGAACCUGCAGAAAUUAUGGGCUAACCUCCAGAGAGACCAAACCCCCUGACCUGAAUCCA